CACAUCCUAUGGCACUUCUUAGACAAUAAACUUAGUACACAUCAGCACUGUAACUGGUGUUAAAUCCAGCAGUUGAGCCCGUGUAGAAAACGAAUAACCGGUAUUCUACCCGUCAGUGUACAAAGCUGGAGAAGAUGUAGUUGUCUAUGUAGAAAACGUUCUGUGAGACACCAACAAAUGGAAUACAAAUUAACUUAAGCCUACACGAGGCUGGUGACACCUGAAAGAGGGGAAAGUGGAGAAGCUGUGCUCUGUGCUUUCUGUCUGACCUGUUGGGAGUACCUUUUAGAGCAUGUUUGCUACUUAACAGGGAACUGAAAUUCAGGCACAAGUGGUUGUAAACAUAAAGAGGGAAUAUGGGUGAAAAGAAGCCAGAACCUUUGGACUUUGUAAAAGAUUUUCAGGAAUAUCUUACACAGCAGACUCACCAUGUAAAUAUGAUUUCUGGAUCAGUUAGUGGAGAUAAGGAAGCAGAGACUCUUCAGGGAGCUGGGACAGAAGGUGAUCAGAAUGGUCUGGAUCAUCCUUCUGUUGAAGUUUCACUGGAUGAGAACUCAGGAAUGUUAGUGGAUGGGUUUGAAAGGACAUUUGAUGGAAAGUUAAAGUGUCGAUACUGCAACUAUGCCAGCAAAGGAACAGCACGGCUUAUAGAGCAUAUCAGAAUUCAUACAGGUGAGAAGCCGCACAGAUGCCAUUUAUGUCCCUUUGCAUCAGCUUAUGAACGUCAUCUGGAAGCUCAUAUGCGAUCGCAUACUGGUGAAAAACCAUACAAAUGUGAAUUGUGUUCCUUUCGCUGCAGUGACAGAAGCAACUUAUCUCACCACCGCAGACGCAAACAUAAAAUGGUGCCUGUCAAGGGUACAAGGUCUUCCCUAAGCAGCAAGAAAAUGUGGGGGGUUUUGCAGAAGAAGACCAGCAAUUUAGGGUACAGCAGAAGAGCAUUAAUUAAUUUGAGUCCACCUUCCAUGGUGGUUCAGAAACCAGACUACCUUAAUGAUUUCACUCAUGAAAUCCCAAAUAUCCAGACUGAAGCAUAUGAGAGCAUGACAAAAACAACCCAGAGCAGUGGGUUGCCAAGAGAUCCACAAGACCUUAUGGUAGAUAAUCCUUUAAAUCAGCUCUCUACAUUAGCUGGACAGUUAUCUAGCUUGCCACCUGAAAACCAAAAUCCAGCCUCUCCUGACGUUGUUUCCUGUCAAGAUGAAAAGCCUUUCAUGAUACAGCAGCCUGCUGCACCUGCAGUAGUUUCAGCUGUGUCAGCAAAUAUUCCUCAAAGUUCAUCUCCAACCAGCCCAGAUCCUCGGCCUACACACAAUCAACGGAACUAUAGCCCCGUGGCAGGUCCCAGCAGCGAUCGCAGUGCCCACACCAGUACUCCCAGCAUAAGUAACAGUCAACCAAGUACUCCAGCUCCAACCCUUCCAGUUCAGGACCCUCAGCUUCUGCAUCACUGCCAACACUGUGACAUGUACUUUGCGGACAAUAUCCUUUAUACUAUUCACAUGGGAUGUCAUGGAUUUGAAAAUCCUUUUCAGUGCAACAUAUGUGGGUGUAAGUGUAAAAAUAAGUAUGACUUCGCUUGCCAUUUUGCAAGAGGCCAACAUAGUCAACAUUGACUGAGAACGUGCUUUCAUUUAGUUUUUUAACAUAUUACAGUAUAUUUUUCAUACUUGCUGAAGGAAAGCUUGCACAUGCCCAUAAGGAAUCUUCACGUUAAUCAAUUCGACAAAGGAGGCAAAUUUAUUUCUGCGUUGUCGUAAAACUUGCCAGGGAAAUUUUGUGUAAGAUGUAGUUGUUAUUUUAUAUGUAGCCUUUCAAAAAAGCUGAGUGAGUGCUGUAAGAAUUGGAAUGCAUUUACAUGCUUUGGUUGCUAAAUUUAAGUUGCUUGCACUUAAUCCCAAUAAAUGGUCUAUAAAUGUAGAAGCAGAGCAUGUCCUGAAACGUAGGUUGCAAUUAUCAGACUAUUUACUAGGCAAGAUAAAAUAUAUUAACCAUAAAAUACGAAAGGUUAAUGCAAUGACACAUAUGGUUACUUUGGAGACAUACUUGUCCUUAAAAACCUAGCUACUCCAAAUGGGAAAAACAAACAGAAACAACUUUCACAUACAAAUUCAAUUUGAUGUAAAACUUGCUGUAAUCUGAUGAAGGUUAAUAAUUUAAGUUUUUGCUUAGUAUAGUCUAAACUCUUCAUGCUAGGGUUCAAACACUAAUUUAACUAUUAUUUUUAAAGCUCAUCACAAAACUAGAAGAUAACAGGUUAUUGUGAAUGAAACUCUGGUAGGAAAAAAGAGUUAAAAGCUUGUCAUUCACUAGUUAUACAAAAGAAAAAUUAAAUAUGACACCUUAUUUUAAACUACUCUUACCAAAUUUUACGUGUCAUUCUUUUUAAAAGGAGGUAAUUUUAAACAGUCAUAAUAAAGACCUUGUAGAACUAAUAUAUAUUCCGUGAGAUUUUUAACUGCCUUAAACUAAUUUGUACAGAUAUUUAAAAUUUGCACAAUUAGACUUCUGUCUUGCUGAUAGAAGUUCUAGUAGAAACAAACAAGAGGUUUACAAAUUAAAAAUCAUUUGUUCAGUUUUAUCUCGGGCCAAGCUACAACUGAUAGGUUGCCUGCAUGUUUGAAAGUUGUAUAAUCUAGUUUAUUGUAAACUUCGGCUAACUUGGAAGUCAGUUUGUCUUGUCCUCUCCCCUGGAUUUGUUGUCCGUUCAGUGUGCUAGAAAUAAGGGGAAGGGCUUCUGGGUUUUCUGAACUGUUCAUAUAGUAGGGAAAGGAAUACCGGCUGACUACAUUUGAAGUCAUUGUGAUUAAUAAUUGUAGGUGGCAAAUAAUAACUAAAGAUGUACAUGAAGUCCAUUGCACAUGUUUAUUUUUUUUAUACUGUACAUCUUACUUUAGAAGCACCUAGGCUAAUGGACAGGCACUUUAAUGUAAACCUAAAUAAAACUUCCUAGCAAAAAUUAAUAAAAGCUCUUAAUGUGCUACAUAGGAAUUUGUAAUGUUUCAAAAAAAAGUGAAGAACUGUUACUUUUCCCGUAUUUAGACAUGCACUUUUACCUUAGUUUGUCUUGAGACAAAUUAAGCUUCCCUUAUAUAUUCCCCUUUUACUAUCAGCAGAUUAUGGCAGCAAAUAUGUUUUGUUAAAAGCAGGAAGAUUUUAUUAAUAUUCUGCAAGUCAGAGGUUGUAAUCUGAAUAGCAUACGUUUGGCUUAUUCAAAUGUAUAUUGUUAUGGGAGCUAAAGCUUCCUGAAGCCAACAGAAAAACUUACAAUGACUUCAGUGUAAGAUCAACGCAGGAAAAACCACCCUUCUGAGAAUUUUAGCUUUAGAAGUAACUUUGACUUCAGUGAACUAGAAAUUUUCAAACCAAAUAUGUUUCUCUCUACGUAACUUACCUACUGUUGAAUUUUCCGUGCUUAAGUAACUAGCUGAAGGAACUGGAUUCUUGGCUGCACGUAGUCUUGUAGUAAUGAGGUCAAAAAUAUGCCAUUGAAGUACUUCCAAUGUAGUGAAGAUGAAUGAUAGCACACUAUCACUCUUAAAAAUGUCUUUGGUUUCAGGCCUGGUUCAAAAUCCUUUUCAGUGGAUUUGUAAAACAGAAUGUAAUUUCUAUUUUUCAUAGUGACACUCUUUAUAAUUCCAAAAUAUCUCUUUAUUGCUUUAUACUUUCAAAAUUUAUUUUAAAAGCAACACUGCAACUCUGUGUGCAUAAACAUAGAGAGUCCUUUAUUUUAAGGACGAAAGUUGAUUGAACUGGAAUCCAGUUGGAAGUUACUGCUCCUAUACAGGUUUUGUAACAUGACUGUUCUAGUCAGAGAGUAAUGUAGAAAUGAUAGCUCUCUUUUGAUCAUGUAUUGACACAUUCUAAAAUCUAAAUUUGGUAAAAAUACAAUAUUAGAACAACAGACGUUAGUGUUGAAGACCAUUACAAUUAGUAAUUGAUAGAGGUCACUUUCCUUGCCUUUUGAUAGGUGAAGCAAACUUCUAUUCCUAGGCUCUAGCAACUCCAAGGAAACUUCUGGAGUGGGGGUGCUCCAAGGAGCACCUUCCAGGACUGAAUGAUGCUGAUCACAACAGCCAAGUUCUCCUUGGUUUGUGGCUCCAGCCUUUCUCCCUCUUGGUAUUGGUAGGGAGAUUAACUCCGAUGUGCACAGAUGUUUUGAGAUUUCAUCCUUCCAUUCCAUUUACGUGGUUUCUGACCCAUUAGGAUUACUGACCCAUUACUGGCAGUGCCUGUAAACAUUACAGACUUUUCUUUUUGUGUUGGCUAAUGAUUUGGCGAUUUAGAAAAAUGACUUCUGAAUCAUGAUGCCCCUGAAAUUUCAGGUAAGAGAAUAGAUAGGUCACUAAUAGAGGUAGCUGCUAGCAAGAGGAAGCCUGCAUGAUCUUACUAAAAAGGGGCCCUCAUUUAGGAGGGGAUCCUCUGUUAUGGGGGGAAGGUAGAAAAAAAACGACCCCAAAAACCCCUAACCCCAGACCUUGCAAAUUGUUGUUCAGAAGUAUUUUAAUACUGCUGACUUAAUACCAUUGUUUCUGCUUCAAAGUACCUAAGGAAAAGAAAAUGAGCUUGAACACCUAUGAACUGUUGAACAAUGAUAAAAAUAUUUUUCCUUCUUUCCUUGUGCAAGCUCCUGUUUGCAGGGGGGGUUCUUAGGCAGCAGCAGGCUUUGGUGUUCAUCCCUUGAUCUGCAACCAGAUCUGCGGGCUGGAUCCCUGCUGACUAGUCCUUCAGAGAGGGUCCCCCUCUGGACUAGGAUUCUUAAAUUUUCAGCAUAAUACUGUGUGUUCAGUUGUGCCAAACAGUACCCUGACUAUAUCCGUUUCCUUCUGUCUACUGAGUAGGAUUGGAAGGUGUAUUUUCAUAUUAGUUUUUCACAAUUUUGUACAUACUAUUUACUAUAAUUUAAAGACCAGAAUUAGUACUGGAAAAUUGUUUUAGAGUAUGAUCCUGAUGAUUCCCUUGUACAAGCAGGCCUUGCUGAGUCAAGGAGGGAUGCUCGUCAGGAAUUGUGGGAUCGAGUCCUUGGUUAGUAGGACUUUUCAGAUUGAGUUCUCCAUGUGCUACGCUGCACUACCUUGUUUUUGUUUUAAAAACCAAAUCCUUAUAUUAUAAGGUGACAAUUAGCAUUUUAACUUGUAUUAACAGGGGAGUUUGGGAAUGAGCUGAAAUUUUUCCAUAGCUUGACUCUGUUAAGUUCUGUAGUUGCAAAACAUUAACUUUGUGGGGUUUUUGUGUUGUAAUAGAUUAUUUUAUGGAUUUGUUGACAUUUUUAACAUGCACUAUUUAUAGUACUCUUAAUACAGACUUAUUGUGAGACUGAAUAGUCCAAUGAACAUGCAGAUACUAGACUGAAGAUCUUAGGAUAUUAUCUUGGUUAAUACUGAAACCAACUGUGAAGCAGCUAAUAGGGAAAAAUAGUUGUUUUUUCACAGAUACAUGUUUAGAUGAAGAGGAUUUUGACAUAAAGUGUUGAUUGGCAUUUUAACAUAAAACUCAGUGCUGGAAGACACGUUCCAACAGUGUUUCCUAGCAAAAUGAUCUGUUGCUAUUUGUUUUGUUCCAGAAUGUUUGGGGGGGGGUUGCUUGUUUGGUUUUUGUUUCUUUUUGACGAAGGGAAUGUAAUUUAGAAGUCUUCACUGGCAAGUUUUCUAUUAAUUUUAAGCUUCUUUGAAAAUCUACAGCAAAUGGAUGUUCUGCUGCAGGAAAUCUAUCCCCUGCUGAAGCAUUUUUCAUUGAGCAAUCUUUGUGUAUGUGCUUUUAAGUACCUGCUUUGUUAAUAAUAUGUAUUUCAGUGUAAAGAGCAUAUUUUGUAUGCAAAAAUGAAACCUGUUAGAGUUGUAAAAUAAAUUUUAUUGUGUAGUGAAUGUUUUCAGAUGACAAGGUUAAUUCUGAAAUAACUCGACUAUAUCUAGUGUAGUUCAUGUUGUGAAGCUUUGCUUUUGUAAGAUACGAAUAAAAUAACACUUUCUAA